AUGCACAGCCGUGGGGACAGCGUUGAGAUCACCGAGGAGAUUAUUAGCGCUGCCGUUCAAAACACUUAUUCUGGCCACAGGGUUCUGAAAAUUCUCCUGGAUAGGUACGAAGACGAUGUCCCUGUCACAGAUGAUGUCCUUAGGCUUGCGGCUAGUAACGAUAGGCGCGGCGACAAGAUUGUGGAGAUACUUCUCAAGAAGCGUAGACGAGACAUCCGGGUCACCAGAGAGAUUUUCAAGGCCGCGGCUCAUAAUCCGAAUUGCGGCCACAGAGUAAUUGCGACAAUACUUGACAACCGCGAUGGAGUUGACGAUGAGGAUGGAGAAGUUUCCGUCGCUCUCCAAAAAGCCAUUUACAUCGCUUCAAGCAAGGGCAUUGGGGAUACAGUUCAGGUUCUCCUGAAGAAUAAAGCAGACGUCAAUGUGGAGGGAGGAUGGCUUGGAAAUGCUCUCCAUGCUGCUUCGUAUUCAGGGUUCUCUUGGAUUGUCAGGAUACUCCUAUUGAACAGCGCACAAGUCAACUGUGAAGGAGGCCGGUUUGGUCACGCUCUCCAAGCCGCUUCUGUUGGCGGGCAUCUGCAGAUUAUUCGGACGCUCCUCCAACACAACGCAGAAAUCAAUGCUCAGGGUGGCCUGUACAACACUGCACUCCAAGCCGCUUCAGCCCAUGGCUACGAGGAGAUAGUUCAGUUCCUCCUGCAGAGCAACGCAGAUGUGAACGCUCAAGGAGGCAUAUAUUCUACUGCUCUCUAUGCUGCUUCAUUCGAGGGACACUAUGGUAUUGUCCAAAUACUUGUCCAAAAUAAUGCAGACGUUAAUAUCCCAGGAGGUGUUUUUGGCAACGCUCUGCAGGCGGCUUCAUCUGAAGGCCACCUGAAAAUUGCCCAGCUGCUCCUCGAAAACGGCGGGGAUCCCAGCUGGGACACCGGCUUUUACGGCAGUUCUCUGCAAGCCGCUUCGGCUGGCGGUCAUACCGAACUGGUCUCAUUCUUAUAUGACGAGUACAAUGUUGACCUGAACUGCAGCAAUGGUUCAUUCGCUCGUACAGCCUUGUCGUACGCUGCUAGCGGUGGCAAUAGCUCCGUUGUACAGCUACUGCUCACUUAUGCGGAUAUGGUAUAA